AUGCACUUUUGCAUGUGGCAUGGUGUGACGUGCAGUCGACGACAUCGCCAAAGGGUCACUAACCUGGACCUGCAAUCUCAAAAUCUGGUAGGAAAACUAUCCCCAAACAUUGGAAAUCUAAGCUUGCUAAGGGAGCUGUGGCUGCAAAACAACAGCUUCAGUCAUGAAAUUCCUCCACAAAUUGGGAAUUUGCGUAGAUUGCAGGUAUUACGAUUAGACAUGAACUCAUUUAGUGGCAGUAUUCCACACAAUAUAUCAUAUUGCUUCAACCUUAUCUUUAUGAAUUUCACUUACAACAAGUUGGUGGGUAAAAUUCCUUCAAAAAUUGGAUUGUUGUCGAAGCUGCAACAUUUUGCAUUAGAAUAUAAUAAUGUAACGGGACAGGUCCCUCCUUCCUUAGGGAACCUUUCGUCUCUCCGGGGACUAAGUCUUCUUAGUAAUAACUUGAUGGGAAACAUCCCCAGUUCUCUCGGCCAAUUGAAAAAAUUAACCUUCUUGGGAUUGGGGUUCAAUCAGUUGUCUGGUAGCAUUCCUUCCUCCAUUUAUAACCUCUCUUCUCUUGUUACAUUUUCCAUAGUAAUCAACCAAAUUGAAGGGAGUAUUCCAUCAGAUAUUGACAAAAGUUUUCCUAAUCUCGAAAAAUUCAACGUCGGCUCUAACCAACUUACUGGGUCCAUUCCUCCCUCAAUAUUCAAUGUCACAAGUGUUGGGAGAUUUGACGUUGGGAGUAACAACCUAAUCGGACAGGUACCGAGUCUCCAAAAGCUUCACAACCUCCUUUUUUUCAACAUUCAAUUUAAUAAUAUUGGAAGCGGUAAAGAUGGUGACUUAAGUUUUCUCUCGGACUUGACCAAUGCCACCCAGUUACGAGUGCUGCUUAUUGACAACAACAAUUUUGGAGGGACAUUGCCCAUGUCAAUAUCCAAUCUCUCAAACAAACUGGAAAUGUUUUGGGUUGGCGAUGACCAAAUAUAUGGAAGUAUCCCAUCUGGGAUAGGGAAUCUGGUGAGCUUGGAAUCGUUGCUUUUGGAGAAUAGUAGCUUCACAGGUAACAUCCCCUUUGACAUGGGUAAGCUUUCAAACCUUGGAGAAUUAGAUAUUUCCAUGAACAAAUUAUCAGGAAAUAUUCCGUCUUCCUUAAGAAAUUUAACCAAGUUAUUCCAUCUUGCGUUGCAUAGAAAUCAUCUUGAGGGCAGAUUCCUUGAAGCCUAG